AUGGCCACCCGCCUACCUCCCCUUUCCGAUGUGGCGCCCUCUUCGGCUCUCGACCUCUCGAAUUCCUCCCUCCCAGCGAUCCAACGUCCGCCGAUCGUGAAUGCGACAGCACCACCAAAUGACUCAGACUCCGUGAAGCUCGAGGGCUCUCCCACGCCACUUGGGGUGGUCUCAGCCGCGACUAUCGAUUCUCUAUCCGCCCUACCUGAUGAGAACAAUUUCAAUAAUAGCCCGAGUCCGGCCACGACAGCCGCGGGCCGAAAACGCAAGCUAAACAGUACUUCCGCUCGCGGCGUCGCCAACCUCACCCCAGAUCAGUUAGCGAAGAAACGAGCCAACGAUCGCCAAGCCCAGAGAGCGAUUCGCGAGAGGACAAAAGCGCAUAUUGAGACUUUGGAACAGAGGGUUCGCGAGCUCUCGUCGCAAAAGCCAUUCCUGGAUCUUCAGACGACGCUAAAGCAAAAUGAAGCUAUCAUUUCCGAGAACAAGGAGCUGCGACAUGGCUUAAGAGCUAUUGUGGAUGUCAUACAGCCACUGCUAGGGAAACAGGAUGCAUAUAACUCACACGCAACAGCUCCUGCUCACAUUCGACCAGCUGCUCUUCCACCCUCCGCCUCUCCGUCCUUGGAGAACCACCCCUACGCUCCUAAUGCACAUAGAUCAGCGACUGUCGAGCAUUCCUAUACAGAGUCCAUCGCGAGCGUGGAGACACCCUCAUCGACGCAGUCAGCACCGACCUUAGGGUCUCGGAGGGAUAGUUCAAGUGGUAAUCACGCCUCUCUGCGAGUUGCAUUCGACUAUCAACGGCACAAUUUGCUUCAUGGACUCGACUUUGGGGGAGACGAGAGGAUGGGCUUCAAUUUCCUAUUAGAACCGACGCAGCAAGUGCCCAAGAUGGAAGGCUUUCGCCGUCCGUCAGAGGCUGGCAGAUCACAGGCAAACAUCUCACCGAACUAUAACACACCUCCAUCGCUUGGUAGUCUAACAGACCAGUCAAUACCUGCCUACAUGACCCCGGUCCGUAACGUCGCUCCGACCUGUACCCUAGAUGCCAUUUUGCUCGACUUUCUCCAUAACCGACAACGAGAAGCCGCCAAAGGAGUAUCGAAACAGAAGCUGGUUGGGCCAGCGUAUCCCAGUGUCUCCUCCUUGCUCAAUCCGGAGAGAAGUGUUUAUUCGCACCCCCUUUCCAAAGUGUUUACCGACAUCCUUCGCACCUUUCCCGACAUCGCCGGUCUUCCUGAGCAGGUCGCAGUUUUAUAUGGCAUGUUCCUCUUGAUGCGGUGGCAGAUAUACCCUACUGCUGAUAAUUAUCACCGGCUACCUGACUGGUUGACUCCACGGCCCUCGCAACUUCUCACACCGCAUCCUGCAUGGAUUGAUUACCUUCCGUGGCCCCGAAUGCGUGAUCGCCUGGUCAUGUCUUAUCACGAAUACCCAUUUGAGAAUUGGUUCAUCCCAUUCACCAGUACACUUUCGCUCAAUUGGCCAUAUGAAGCAACGGAUUGUCUCUUAUCAGCCGGAGAUACCGACGAGCUGAUAAUCAACCCUGUGUUUGAGAGACAUUUCUCCGAUAUAAAUAAUUGGACCCUCGGACCCGCAUUCGCCGAAGCCUUUCCGCAACUGGUUGAUACAACCAAGAUCAAGCCCACAUCGUGA